UGUUAUGUAAUUUAUUGUUUUUAUGAUUUGUCGGCAAUUAGUUAGCAUUUUUGGUAUCAAAUUAAGUGACAAUUUUUUCUAUCAUUUCUUAAACAUAAUAACAGUGAAGAUAUGACAGUAAUUGUGGUCAGAGAUGACGAUCACUUCCAACAAGAAUUGGCCUCGAGUUCGGCAAAUCAUGUUUUGGUCAUUGAUUUCACCGCCAGUUGGUGUGGUCCGUGUCAGCGAAUUGCACCGGUAUUCGAGAGAUUGAGUAAUACCUACUCGAAUGGUGUGUUCCUUAAAGUGGAUGUCGAGCAGUGCCCCGAGACUGCCCAUAGCUAUAGUGUGGAAGCGAUGCCGACCUUUGUUUUUAUUAAAAACCGAGUUGUGUUGACCCGAAUCAGAGGCGCAGAUCCGACGUCUUUGGAGAAUAAAGUUAGAGAAUUAGUUGGUUUGACUGAUGGAGAAGGCAGUGGACAGUCUGAUAGCGGAGUUGCCGGUCAUAUAGAACUCAAUACAUUCAUUAAUAAGACUGGCUCUGAAUGUCUCAAUGAAUCGGAUGAACACCCAUUGUCUGGAUGUCUAACCAGUGGUUCUAAUACAUACUUAGAGUCCGAUUGUGAUGAACAACUGAUAAUAAAUCUGGCAUUUAAUCAACCAUUAAAACUGCAUUCAUUGAAGAUAUUAGCGCCCAAAGAGAACGGACCUAAAAAUAUGAAACUAUUUAUAAAUACUCACAAAACUCUGGACUUCGAUGAAUGUAAUUCAAUGGAAUCGAUUCAGAAACUGGAAUUCAAUGAACAAGACCUGACUAAAGGAAUACCUAUAUCUUUACGUUACGUUAAGUUUCAAAACGUCCAGAACUUAUUGAUAUUUGUCGAGAAUAACCAAUCAAAUACUGAAAUUUCUCGCAUCGAUUACCUGUCUAUCAUCGGAUCUCCCGUUUCGGCCACUAAUAUGAAUGACUUCAAGAGAAUCGCCGGAAAGAAAGGCGAAAGUCAUUAAUAAAUCGAUUAAUUUUGGGUUUUAUAUUAUUUCCAUUUUAUUACUAAUAUUUA